AUGCAGUCCGAGGAGGAAGGCAGAACGCUAACGGUUAUAGCCUGUGGCUGUGAACAAAAGGGACUCGAGACGCAUCUUUUCGUUGCCGACUGCCUUGGUGGUGUUUCUGUCUGGCGAAUCGACGAUUAUUGCCUGAAUGGUCGAGAGUCUAACUGUCCUACACGUGAGUUCACAUUAAAAACACUCAAGCAAUUGUGCCACGCUCUUUAUUUCCAUAUUCUUGUAUAA